GGCGUGGCAAGCGCUCAGCGGCCGAAGCAAAAUGAGUAACAUUUUUUCUCUUUUUAUUUCUUUAAACUUUCUUGACAGAAAACAGCGAUGUCAGGGCGAAUAUAACACAGAUGACGAUUAAUACAUUAAAUAUAAAAGCAUAGGUACACGUAAAAAGAUUUAUUCAUCACAAACGGGGUAGGACGUUAACAGAAGCCCGGUUCCCACUAUUCACAUACAAAGCGCUGAGAAUUGGGCGGGGCUUAGAGGGGGGCUGGGCGGGGCUUAUGGCGCUUCUAUGUUCCUGACGGCCGCCUGUGAGUGACGUCCUGUUUGCGGAAGUGGUGUCGCGCGGCUUCAGUGAACGCGUGGUCUCUCUUCUCGUCACUUCUUUUGCGUAUUUUCUCAAGUUUUUCCGCUGGUGUUCGAAUGUAAAACAGGAUAGACUACGCGUGUGACUACACUGAGCAGCGGACCUGAAUGACACCGCUGGCUGGGAAGCUGCUUCAAGAUUAACAGAAUUAAGGUUUAAACAGGCGGACUGGCGGAGGUCCGGUGGGGGGGACGGGCGCGGCGCGGCGCGUACUGGACGCAGAGUUAUUAAAACAGCUGCCAUGGACACGGACUGCGUGAUGCACGCGUGCGGCUCGAGCGCCCUGCUGUGGCGCGCGGCAGAGGCGCGUGCGGCGCGGCGGGCCGGCAUCGUGGGCACCCUGGUGGGGGCGCUGGCGCGACAGCCUCGCCAGAACGCGCGCCUGGGGAGACCCGUGGAGCUGCUGAAGGAGGAGGCGCGGCUGCUGGGAGAGGAGGAGGGCUGGGCGCUGAGCCACGCGCCGGAGCGCUCCGAGCGCAGCCCGGUGCCCCUCCCAGGGCUCGCAGAGCAGCACCGAGAGCGCAUGGAGCACAGCUACGCCGAGCAGAGCCUGUUGGCCCUGCAGGAGAGGAAAGCGGUCCUGCAGAGGGUGUUGGCGGAGAAACAAGGUGCUGAUGAUGACGACAAUCGGGCCGUGCGGGAUCGUCUCGGCAACCUCGACGACACCUUCUCCUUCCCUCGCUCGGCAAUGGCCGUCCAGCUGAGCACAGCCAGGGCGGGUUUGGGUCACGACCCGGAGGAGCGCCGCUUUCUGGUGUCCGAGUUGCUGCGAACACGGGACGAACAAUUCGAAAUCCGCUUCCGUGUCUUCCGGGACCUCAGAAAUAAGGGGUUUUAUCUCACCUCAGGUGGGAAGUUUGGUGGCGACUACCUUGUGUACCCAGGUGACCCCCUGCGUUUCCACGCCCACUUCAUAGCCUUGUGCGUUGCCCUGGAAACAGCGCUGCCCCUAUGUGACGUGCUGGCCCUAUCCCGGCUGGGCGUGAACGUGAAGAAGACUGUCCUGCUUUGUUCCCCCAGCAGCGAGGGUACCGUGGCAUACACAUCCUUGCAGUGGAGCGGCAUGGCGUAGAGUCGAGUGCAGGACCUGGGCCACGUGUUCUUCGCCCAUUCGUUUAAUAAAAUGUUCUGCUGACUUUAUUGUAAUAUUCAUUUAAAAUGACC